CACAACGCGGGGGCUGUGGAGGUUGUAUUUUUUUUUUUAACGUUGUACAGAGAUUUGUUACGUUGUAUCGCAUGAACUGUACGAUUGAUGAUACGAGUUGAUUCGAAUUGGACUCUUUUCCUGGUAAUGUUGGUGAAGCAGUGAAACUGUUGAGCGGAGUGGUUUACUGAACUGGCUCCGGAUAUAUGGAAAUGGAGUGUGGGAUCUCGGUGUAUCAUCAUUAGAACGACUACAAAAAGAAAGGAGAACUCAUUGCAGUUGAGCUCUUAACGCCAAAACUAAAACACGCCACACACACACACCCAGUGUUUAACAAGGCUACAGACUUGAAUCUUCAGGCGUCAGCAUGGAAAGACGUCGCAAACUUGGUUUAUCUUUGGCUUUGAUCCUGUCUUGUUUACAGUGGACAACCUCUUUCAAUCUGGAUAUUGACAAACCCUAUGUAUUCUCUGGACCUAAAGGAAGUUAUUUUGGAUUUUCUGUCGAUUUUUUCCAGCCAAAUAAUAAGCAGUCAAACAUUCUUAUAGGAGCUCCCAGAGCCAACACAUCCUCAGCUUCCACAGUGGUGGAGCGAGGGGCAGUCUAUACCUGCCCAUGGCAGAAGAGUAGUGACUGUACCCAAGUACAGUUUGACAAUACUGAUGAUCGUGAGAAUUUAGACGGAGUCCAGAUGGAGUUCAAGUCCAACCAGUGGUUUGGAGCCACGGUACGGUCAGAUGGUGAACACAUCCUGGCCUGUGCUCCUCUCUACCAGUGGAGCACGUUCAGCUUGUCCGAGCGAGAGCCUGUUGGCACGUGUUUCCUGAAGAAAGGAGUAGAGGUGGUAGAAUAUUCUCCCUGUCGAUCUGAUGGUAACUCACCAGAGAGGCAAGGAUUCUGUCAGGCUGGAUUCAGUAUAGACUUUGUCAAGAACAACAGGGUGGUUGUUGGAGGCCCUGGUAGUUUCUAUUGGCAAGGUCAGCUGAUCAGCGACGACAUCUCUGAGAUCAUCGACCGGUUCAACAGCAACUACUACACUCCUUACAGUAACCAGCUGACCACCAAGUCUGCCAGCGCUCAAUACGAUGACAGUUAUUUAGGUUACUCUGUGACCGUCGGAGACUUCAAUGAGGAUGGAGAAGAUGACUAUGUUACUGGGGUACCCAGGGGAGACAAAGCUCUGGGCUAUGUGAGCAUCUUCAAUGGGAGGAACAUGGAGUCAAUGCUGAAUUUCACAGGAACGCAGAUGGCUGCCUACUUUGGCCAUUCAGUGGCAGCGACCGACCUCAAUAAUGAUGGGCUGGUGGAUCUGUUUGUAGGGGCCCCUCUGUUCAUGGACCGUGGUAGUGAUGGGAAGCUGAGGGAGGUGGGCCAGGUGUCUGUGUUCCUGGGGAAGGGAGGCUUCACCUUCCACACACCCAUCACACUGAGUGGGACAGAGAUCUACUCACGCUUCGGCAGUUCUAUCGCCACACUGGGGGACCUGGAUAUGGAUGGCUUCAACGACAUUGCCGUAGCUGCACCCUACGGCGGGCCGAAGCACAGGGGCCUAGUGUACAUCCACAAUGGGAGGGCUGCAGGGCCUGACCCAGUGCCUUCUCAGGUCCUAGUGGGGAGGUGGGCCUCCUCUUACAUGCCACCCAGCUUUGGAUACUCCCUGCACGGAGCCACCGAUAUUGACCAGAAUGGAUACCCAGGUUUAAUAGUGGGUUUAUUUGGUGCAGACAAAGCUUUGAUCCCCAGGGCCCGGCCGGUCAUCAGUGUUAAUGCCACCCUGGACAUCAGCCCUCAGAUCCUCAACCCACAGGACAGGAACUGCAAACUGCUUGACCAUGACACACCAGUGUCCUGUUUCAAAGUGAAGUACUGUGUGAAGGCGAGUGGGAGAAGCGCCCCAGCCUCACUGAAGUUCCAGGUUGACCUGGUGUUGGACAAACACAAACACAAGGGGGCGACGAAGAGAGUUCUGUUCCUCCACGGCAAGACAUCCCGGUACACCAAGAACAUGACGGUCAGCAACGGCCGAGGACCAGCCUGCGAGGAGCAAGAAGCCUUUCUCAUAGAUGACUCUGAGUUCCGGGAUAAGAUCACUCCCAUCUCUGUGUUCAUGGAGUUUAGUCUGGACUACCAGCAGGCUGCAGAUAAGACCGGCCUACUGCCUAUCCUGGACCAGUCUACGCCCACCAACAUCUCCAAACAGGCCCAUAUCCUACUGGACUGUGGAGAUGACAACAUCUGCAAGCCAGACCUCAAGCUGUCUGUAGUGAGUGACCAGAAGGAAAUCUACAUAGGAGACGAUAACCCCUUGACCCUGGAGGUGACCGCGGAGAACCGAGGAGAAGGGGCGUACGAAGCAGAGCUACAUGUCUUCAUUCCUCCCCAGGCUGACUUCACCGGGGUUGUACGCAACAGUGAGACUCUGUCUAGAUUGUCCUGCGCCUACAAGAUAGAGAAUCAGACCAGGGUGGUGGUGUGCGACCUGGGGAAUCCCAUGAAAGGAGGAACUAAAGUGCUGUCCGGUCUCCGCUUCAGCGUUCAUCAGCUCUCAGAGCAGGACACGUCUGUGGAGUUUGACCUGCAGAUAAAGAGUUCCAACCAGUUCAACAACACCAGCAGUCGGGUCCUCAGCAUCACAAAGCUGGCUGUUCUUGCCAAGGUGGAUAUCAGAGGGGUGUCCGCCCCAGACCAGGUCUUCCUGCCUGUUGCUAACUGGCAGCCUAAAGAGAACCCUGUCGUAGGAGACGACAUCGGCCCACAGAUACUGCACGUCUAUGAGUUGCGUAACAGAGGUCCCAGUACCUUCAGCAAGGCCAUGCUGGACAUCGAGUGGCCCUACAGGUUCAACAACGGCUCUCUGCUCUACAUCACUAAACUGGAGGUGGACGGAGACGGAGGCAUGAACUGCAGUACAGACAUGGAGAUCAACCCACUCAAUGUCUCAAACCCUCUAUCUGGAGAGAAGAACAUCACCUCUCCAAGUGGAGGAGGAGACCGGACAGAGGGGAGGAACAGGAACCAUGUCCACCGCAGAGAGCUGGAGAGGAAGGAGAUGGAGGGGGACCUGGAGACUCUGGACUGUUCCAAGGUCCAGUGUCUGAAGAUCCGUUGUCAGGUGGGCCGUGUGGAGAGAGGUCAGAGUGCUAUCCUCUACAUCCACUCCAGGCUGGGGGUGGCCACCUUCCUCAAGACUGAGAGCCAGAACCGGUCGUUCACCGUGAGAUCCUCUGCUUCCUUCAGCGUCAUAGAGAUGCCUUAUAACAAGAACCUGUUGCCUGAGCUGCCCUCUAACACCACUACGGUGAGUAUGUCAGUGAUCUGGGUGAAAUCAGAACCUGAAGCGGUCCCUUGGUGGGUGGUGACCUUGGCCCUGAUCGCUGGACUACUGCUGCUGGCUCUGCUUAUCUUCGUCAUGUACAAGCUGGGUUUCUUCGAGCGUGUACGCCCCCCACAGGAAGACAGCGCGGAGAAGGAGCAGCUGGCACCGCAGGAGAACGGGGACAGGAACACCGAUGCUUGAUGGGUUCCCAACACACUGUCUAGCUGUCUGUAGAUACACAACCUGCGUCUGAAUAGGUUCCCUAUGUAGUGCACUACUUUGGAACAGAGCGCUAUGGGAUAGCACCAGUACACACAGUCCCAUCUACUCUUUAUAAUCAUACUUACACUGUAUCCUGAAGCCCUGUCGUCCUACUACUCCUCUUGCAUAUACUUAGACAACACUGCUGUAUGAAAUGGCUGGGAGGAGCAAACAAGUGAUUUGAUAUUAAAAAUGUAAAUCAUAUUUGAAAAGGACUCCCGAUCUUCUUCUGGUUAUUGGUCCUGCAUCUUUUAGUUUCAGUUUUAAAUGAAUUGCUACAACAAUGUGAAUUCGAGACUGUAAGGAUGAUGUGAGGUAUCAAUUACAAUGCUGUACGGUCUUUGAAGACAAUAGUUAAUGAAAUGGUUUUUGAAUGGGCACUGCAAGGUGUGGAUAUGGACUUAUUGUUGAGAGUAUUGUAUGUUAUGCUUCUGCAAUUGAUGACAUCCCCGGGCAAUUUUCCACUCUCCAGAUACAGGAUUAUACGUGCACGUCACUGUGUAUUAAAAGGAUGAAUUGACCCAUAUUGGGUAAUCAACGUGGAACUUGUUUUGUUUUUUUGCAUUAGAGCACUAUAGUAUCUAAUUACCCAUCACCCACUGCUUCAUCUGUUUAUUUAUCUUAAAGCACGUUUCAUGUUACAAUAAUGUAAUUUUCAAUUCAUUUUCUUUUCAAUUGAUUUCAAGUUGUUCCUUGUUCAUUUUUUUUUUAAGACAAUAUUACUGAAAAUGAUGAUGUAUUCCUUCCCCACAUAUCUGGUUGAGCUGACAACGUUUUGAUCUUUCCUGAAUUAAAUGUUUAAAACCAUAA